AUGGAGUCAGCAUCAAAUGGAGAAAUAUCUCAAUAUUGGCAUAAAGACGGAAAAUGUCCAAAAGGAACUGUUCCCAUUAGAAGAAGUGCAAGUUCUAUUACUCGCAAACACCCUUCGCUCUUGCGUCGUCAUUUCAAUAGUAGCUUAGUUGAAAGGCCUACAAAUACACGUGAGUACGCUUUAGUUAGAAGUCAUGAUGAUCGCUACUUUGGAGGAAGUGCAACGCUUACUAUAUGGAAACCUAAAGUCGAAGAUAAUGAAUUUAGUCUAACUCAACUAUGGAUUACUUCGGGAAAUGGUGCAAACUUAAAUACCAUUGAAGUCGGAUGGAUGGUUUAUCCAGAUAUUUAUGGUGAUGAUGAACCAAGAUUCUUCAUAUAUUGGACAAGAGAUGGUUACAAUACUACAGGUUGUUAUGAUUUUGAUUGCCCUGGAUUUGUACAAACUGAUUUCAUCGUUAAACUUGGUCAACCCAUUUCUCGUAUUUCCACUGUUGGCGGGCGAAUGAUUGGAAUAAAUAUUAUGAUCUACAAGGUACCACCAAAUGUAUAUGGUCAUGAACUAGACAAGUUUUUGACUGAUACUGCUUCUUCCUAUAUUGGUUGGUUAUCGGAUCAAAAACUUGCAUCCUAUUCUUUACAUGAACCCAAACAUGAGGACAUUUACACAGCAUUUGAGGAAGAAAUUUUGGUAUUGGAGCAAGUAGUAUUGAUCUUUUUGGCAAUUGGUGUUAGAUUAUGUUGCACACACUGGAAAAAGAAAAGGCUUAAAGGUGAAUAA